AUGUUAAAUAAACUAGUUAAUAAUCGUUUGAGUUUUGCAAUAAAUAUUGCAAAACGUUCAGCAAUUAUUAAAUCUAAUGCUAAUUUAGGUAAUCAAAUGAGAUUGUUAAAUAAUAAAAAAGAAUUCAAAAAGUCACUUGAAUUAUUCGAUAAAUACAAAGAAAAAAAUAAUACUGAAAAAUGUUCUAAUUGGAUUAUAAUUCAAGCUUUAAAAGCAUGUACUGAAAUUGAUGAUCUUAAACGUGAUUCAAAUAUUCAUAAUCUCAUUUCACCUCGAUUAAAAUAUGAUCCUUAUGUAUUACCAUCAUUAAUUCAUCUCUAUAGUAAGUUUAUUCAAUAA